CACGUCUCCACCGAUUGAAUAUGUUAAGUUCCCUCUGCUAACUUGUAAAGUUAAUAUAAAAUAAUUGUGAGAGGUAUAGGCCUAUCACCGUCCUCAUAGAGCUUGGCUGCGAACGUUUAUAGGGGGUAUCUGUUAAAGUUGUUCAUGGGUGUAUGGGAGAAUAUUAUGUGAGAUAUACACUCUUAAAGUAACCUUAUAGAAUAACGUCUGAUUUUAACAGAGCCGCUAAAGUAGAGAGCGGCAAUGAGCAUCAGUCUUUUCUUAAAACAAGCUUGUAAAAGACGGACAUCACAGCUUUAUUUGACAUUUAAUUCAAACAUAAUUUGCUCGAAAAAACGAUGCACCUUCUCCUUCAAAGGAAAAUAAAUCGUUUUCAUAAGAAAUAGUAUUUUAAAACCUUUGCCAGCUAAUAAAAAUAUUAAACGAGACUAGGGACUGUUACAUAUAUUUGUAUAGCAGAGGAUAAAAAAGGAGAAGUAGGUUUUGAAUCGACUGGGUUCCAGAGAAGAAAAACAAGAUUAUACACAUUUAAUAAAACAUUUAUGGUAUUUUUUUAAAGCACAUAAACCCCGUAAUACAGUUAAUGUUUUGUUUUGUCUGAGGUGGACCAAGUGGGUGGUACCCUUGUGUAGCAUGAUUUAGUCCUUAGAUCACAUGACUUUAGGUUGACCAAUCAGGUGCACCCCCAGGUUUAACUACGUUAAAUGUCAGAUUGCAAUAAACUAGAAGCUGUUGGUCGGGCCCGCGGAAAUGGGCGAGCAUAAUCUUCUUAAUCCCGGGUUUGUGGGACCUUUGGUAAACAUCCACACUGGAGACACUUUUUACUUUCCGAAUUUCCGAGCCUCGGGGGGACAACUGGCCGGGCUACCAUCUCUCCCCUACCCGAGAAGGGACAAUGUUUGCUCCCUCCCGUGGAAUCCAUCCGAGCCCUGCAAUGGAUAUUCUCAAUCAUAUUUUAGCAGCCCCGUGUCUAUUAACCCUUCUUUCAACCGGUCGUGUGAAAUUACUCGACCAGAGGAGAGUAAAUGUUAUUAUAGCAAUGGCAGCGUGAGCAGCAGAGAGAGCUGUUCAGGUGGUGGCGGGAGCAGCCUAAAGCGAGAGGAUAAAGCGAGGGACACAUCAUCAUUCAUAACAUCUGAUCACGGGAUGCACUCUGGCAUGGGCAGCAAUAACAUUGGUGCAUUUUCUAAGUAUAAUUAUGGGACCGAGCAACUCGCUCAAGACCCGCCGUCCUGCCAAUCUCUGGAAUCCGAUUCCAGCUCCUCGCUUCUCAACGAGGGCAGCAAAACUUCCUCCAGCGACCCUCAGACCCUUCUGUCACCAGGAAACCACACCGCCCACUCGGGCAACAUAGCUGUAUGCGGAGGUGCCCCGUGGUACCCGAUGCACACCCGGACCCGAAAGAAACGCAAGCCCUACUCCAAGCUCCAACUGGCCGAACUGGAGGGCGAGUUCAUACUGAAUGAGUUCAUCACCAGACAGCGGCGGAGGGAGCUGUCUAACCGCCUCAACCUCAGCGAUCAACAGGUUAAAAUCUGGUUCCAGAACCGGCGUAUGAAGAAGAAGAGACUGAUGAUGAGGGAGCAAGCUAUGGGCUUCUUUUAGAUUUAGUAGAGACGUGGCACCAUAAGGAUAAUCGAUUGACAGGCAGUGUUUCUCCUGUCUGCAAUUGCUAUAAAUGCAUGCAUGCACUCACCAAGCCUACUCUCGCUCCAUCUCCAACAGAAAGUGCAAAAUGUUCAGGAAAAUAUUUUAGGUGUAAGCCCUAAGUUAAACGACCAAGUGAUACUGCUGCGAUAACUUAGAAUAUUGCCCGAGUUAUGCAGGAUAGUACUACCAUAGUGUUGUGGUAAAACACCUAUAGCCUACAGACGUUAAUCAACUGUGAGAUGAUAUUCUUGCGUCCCAAAGGACGGAAUUAGUGCAUGAUGUCCAUGACUGAUGUCAUUUCCUAAACCCUUGAAAAUGAACCAUUUAUUUUGAUAAAUGAUUUGAAAACUAAAUUAACAAAAUGAAAAGCAAUAUAAUAAACACGAGGCCAGAGUUUGCGAUAAACCUAUCAGGCCAAUUCUUCACCAGUGUUCCUGAAUCCCAUUUACUUGCAUUCAAUGUCACUGGCAAUGUAGUUUGGUUAAGACGAAAGACAUUGGUUGAGACGAACACAAUGCCCUUAUCUGCUUUCUUUAGUUCCCUGCCAUGUGUUUCGGCACGUUCACGGUCACGAGCAAGGAGUCAGAAUCCAAGCCGCAAAUCAGAGGAUGUUAAACCUCCAAGCCAACCUCUCUAUGGCUGCAGCGCUUUGAAAUAUUAUUUGCCAUGAAUUCGUUCAUGUGCUGACAACUUUCUCAAGAUAUUUGAUACCCCCCCCCCCCCAAAAACAGCCUCUGAAUAACUUUGGGGGUUGGAUCAGAACAGAUGAGGUUGUUGUUUAAACACGGGUUCGUGCUGGCUGCUAUUGAAGAUCAUAGUUCUCGUAGACGUGCUGACAAUUAUUCUUCAAUUAUUCUUCCACCAUAGAGUUGUUGGAGAUCCUUAUUGCAAUAACAAGCAGAGAUAUAUGUCUUCUUCGAUAAUGCACAUCCAAUAGAUAUAAUCUCAAUGAGCUUUUUGUACUUGAUAUAGGCCCAGGAAUAACGGUUACCGCUGGAAAAGUGCACAUUUGAAAUGGGCAUCAUUGGAAGUAGAACUUGACUGAAAAAUAGGCUCAGUGGAAAGAAAUAUAAUAA